AUGUCUGCCAAACCUGCUGGAAGAACUAUUUUGGCUUCCACCAUUGCUAAACCAUUUACAGAAGAAAUAGUUGCAAACGUUUCUAAAUUAUCAUUUAAACCUAAAUUAGUCGGAUUUUUGGCAAACGAUGAUCCCGCUGCUGCCAUGUAUGCGUCAUGGACUGGUAAAACUUGUGAGCUGUUGGGAUUCCAAUACGAUCUUAUCACAGUAGAUAAGAAUGAAUUGGAGGCUAGUCUUAUUAAAGCUAACAAGGAAGACGAAGUUAGUGGGAUUAUGGUUUACUUCCCAGUAUUUGGAGAUAGACAGGAUCAAUAUUUACAACAAUUGAUCUCACCAGAGAAGGAUGUGGAAGGUUUAAACUUCAUGUACUACCAUAAUUUAUAUCAUAAUGUGAGAUUCUUGGAUCCACCUAAUAACGAACAAAAAUCCAUUUUGCCAUGUACUCCCUUGGCAAUGGUUAAAAUUUUGGAAUAUUUAGGAGUAUAUAAUUCACUUUUGCAUUAUGGUAAUAGGUUAUAUGGUAAGAAAGUUCUUAUCGUAAAUAGAUCAGAGAUUGUUGGCAGACCUUUGGCAGCAUUAUUGGCCAACGAUGGAGCUACUGUCUAUUCUGUUGAUAUUAACGAUAUCCAACAAUUCACUAGAGGGGAUGAUUUACUGGAACAACGUCACAAAGUGAUAGAUUUAGACACUGGCGUACAUAGCGUUGAGAGCUUGGCUCCAACCUGUGACGUUAUCAUUACAGGAGUACCACUGGAUAACUACAAAUUCCCAACUGAACAUGUUACCAACGGUACUGUAGUAAUUAAUUUUGCUAGUGCCAAAAACUUCAAUGAAGAUAUUAAGUUAAAGGCCGGGUUAUAUGUGCCAUCUAUCGGUAAAGUUACAAUUUCCAUGUUGUUAAGAAACUUAAUAAGGUUAAUUGAAAAUAGGGAAGUAAGAGAUAGACUGGAAUAA